AUGGCGAUCGAGAACACCUCCGAUCUGGAGCCGCACCAGAAGCCUUCGAUACAGGUCACGAAACGCAGCGACCGGAGCGCCUUGAUGCUCAUACUACACACCAUUCUCAAGCCCCUUGGUCCAAAGCUCAUCAAGCCGCCUAAACACCCUUUCCCAGCUGGAUCGCCUCAACUAGAUCCGCAUAAGAAGGCGAAGAAGCGAUGCGAUGUUUCGGAGCGCAAAGUCGAAGACAUAUACCUAUAUGACGUGCGGCCGAAGGGAAGCGUAUCAGAGAAGAAACCAGUCAAGAGAAUAUACUACUUUUCAGGCGGAGGAUGGCAGUCUCCUGCUGCAUCGGAGCACUGGUCAUUCGUUGCCGAAAUGGCGCAUAGGCUUCCAGAUACUGCUGUGACGCUCGUUAGCUAUCCGUUGGCACCCAAGAGCUCGGCACCAACUGCUUUCCCGAUGCUCAUGCGAUUGUACCGUACGCUCAUGCUUCAAGCAGAGGACUCAGGCGAGAAAGUCAUCUUGGCUGGCGACUCCGCGGGCGGCAAUAUCGUCCUCAGCUUGGUUGUCAAUGCUCUGCAAGAAGAUCCAGAUAGCCCUUGUCCUGCUGCGAUCCUCGCGAUAUCUCCCUCUACCGAUCUUCGACGAGCAAACCCCGACAUGGAAACUAUCGAGAAGAAAGACCCGAUACUUCGAAUGGCGUUUGUCAACCAGACUGCAAACGCUUGGAGAGGAGACUUUGAACCCUGCGAUGUACGAGUCUCGCCCUUUUAUGGAGAUGUGACUCUAUUGGCGAAGAGGGGUGUCAAGGUGCAUGGCGUCACUGGACGUCAUGACAUUCUAUCACCCGACGGAGUGCUUUUCAGAGAAAAGCUGAAUAAGGCUCGGGUGCAUGGUGAAUGGCUCGAUUGGGACAAGCAGAUGCACGUCUUUCCUUUGGCUUUCUCGUACAAACUGGCAGAAAGUGUACAGGCUGUGAACUGGAUGAUGGAUGUGCUAAAGAAUGUCUAA